UACCACUGCUCCCUCCUUCUUUGCUGCACGAGCUUUGAGGCUGGCUGUGAGUACUGAAUACUAAAUACUCGGGCUUUCCAAAGUCGCCCACAUUUGCGCAUGGCUUUUUGCUUUUCGUUGUUCCUGAUCUCGCGCUUUUUCAUGUAUCGCAGACUGUCGUGCGUUCGGUUAUCUAAAUUACCGUAGACUCCGCUUUUUUUUUUGUGUUUGCGUCUAUCGUCGCCGCAGUUGAACGCCAGACACGCCGAGCAGACGCUACUGUGUAUCGCUGCGCUGUUAUUAUGUGUCGUCGCGUACUACAACUUGACACUUGACAGAUGCGUGUACGGUACGCGACGAGCGAGUCGCUGCUGCCUUUACAUCGACAAACAAUCACGACGAAAAAAGUAGCUACACUGCCACUGUAGCUGCACUGUACCGCUACACUAACUGCCUCUACAAGGCUAGACGUAAUACAUGUGAGUUGCAGUCAUCGCUGAUCAUCGCAAAUUGCUGGCCUCCAUCAUUGCUGUAGCCGUUGAUUUUUCACGCAGCAGCACUAAAAACAGCAACAGCAAUAAUAAUGGGAUCAUUCACGAGUCGACAAAAUGCUGGCGUCGAAGAGGUCGAUAUCGUCUCUAACCAUGCAUACAAAUAUCCACCUCGAACAGGCAACUACUUUGGCAGCCACUUCAUUAUGGGAGGCGAGCGAUUCGAUACCCCUCAACCCGAGGCCUAUCUUUUUGGCGAAAAUACCGACCUCAACUUUCUCGGUAGCAGGCCAACUCCCUUUCCAUAUCCACCCCCUCAGGCAAAUGAUCCUACAAAAACUUUGAAGAGUUUAGUGAAUAUUCGGAAGGAAUCUUUACGUCUGGUUAGAAAUGUUGAAAAGUCAUCACCGGUGCAGCAAAGCGCUGUCAAGCAAUUCGGUGAUGGAGAUGUUGAAAAAAAAACCUUUAAAUUCAAUAUUGAAUUUACUUUUGACUGUGAUGUUAGGUGUGCGAUAACCAUUUAUUAUUUUUGUACUGAAGAACUUACUCCAAAAGGAGUGACUUAUGUACCUAGGAAUCCAACUAUGACUUCAGAGACUUACUACUAUAAAAAAGGAGCAAAUCAAUUAUUUAGUCAACCUUUGCAUGUUUUUGAUCCUUCACAAUUUAAUGAAGAGGAAUUAUUGUACAAUAAUGAACGAGAAAUCAUUCCUAUUGCUAUCCACUGUGUUGCAGAAGAAGGCUCCGAUGAACCUAAGCAAUCCCACACAACAAUUGCUAUUGUUGAAAAACAUUCCGAUGGUUCUUAUGUUUUAAAAGCUUUAAAACAAAAACUGUAUGUUGAUGGUUUAUGUUAUUUGCUUCAAGAGAUUUACGGAAUUGAAAACAAAAAUACUGAAAAUUCAAAGCAAGGAAAUGAUGAUGAUACAGAAGAUAAUGGUGCUGAGUGUGUCAUUUGCAUGUGUGAUGUUAGAGAUACUUUGAUUUUACCCUGUAGACAUUUGUGCCUAUGUAAUGGUUGCGCCGAUUCCCUCCGUUAUCAAGCUAAUAAUUGUCCUAUUUGUCGAGCUCCAUUUAGGGCUUUACUUCAAAUCAAGGCAUUGCAAAAAGCAACAGGUUCUGUAAUAGUCAAUCCACCUUUACCAGAGGGAAGCUGUGAGAAUAUACCAGCUGGAUAUGAAGCAGUGUCUUUAAUUGAAGCACUGAAUGGUCCUUACACUCCAAGAGCUACAAUUUUACCACCUGAAUCUCCGGAAACGCCAGAUACUGAUACAGCCAGUGCAACACAAGCUGCAGAAGUAUUGAAUAGAUCCAACGAACGAACUCCAGUAUCGAAGCAUGCCCUAUCAAAAGACAGUGAUUCAUCUCAAAGAACAAAUAGUACUUCUUGUCAAACUCCCGAGAUUCGCAUGUCUAUUCUCCUUGCAAAAGGAGAAAAUUCUGGAUCUCAGAAAGAACUUCAUAAUCGAUCACCAAUUGUCAGAAAUAAAUCUUCCACCAAUCACUCCCGUGAAAAAAUAAACAUUAGAACUAGGGAUACAUUGAGACUUGUAAACGAAAAGCAGCCUUCAUCUGUAUACGAAGUACAAAAUCAAGAUGAAGAUAGUGAGGCUGAAAAAUUGUCUCCUCUGUUGAAUGAUGCAACGAGUGGUGUCGAUGCGAUUGACGCACCAAAUCGAAGAAUUUGUGACAUAGAUACGGAAGAUGAAUUGCCAAACAAUGAAACUGAAAGCCCAGGAGAAAGCACUGGUAAUUCUGGUUAAAUUCAUAUCCAAAUUAUGUGCAACUGGUAGAUACUUUUUUCAAUAUUAUUAAUUUUUUAAAUAAAAUUACUUUUAUAAAUCUAAUUUUUAAAAUUAGAUGUAAGUUAAGAAUAAGUUUUAUAAGACUAAUUAAUAUUAUGUAUAUUAAAAGAGAGAUGCUAAUCAAUACGUAAUUAUAGUUUUAAAAUCAUUAAUUAUAAUAGAAUAUAAAUUGUAAAAAGCUAGAAAAGUAUUUGAAAAUUUUAAUUAAAGAAAUUGUUAUUCUUAAAUAAUUGAUUUCAUGAAAUCAAUAUAUAUUUUAUUGAGUCCGUAAUGUGAGUGCUUUAUUUAUUCUAAAUCUGAAAAAUAUCAUUGAACGUGAAAAUUGCAAAGUACAUCAACCGUUUGUUGUGUAUUUUUGAUUGUCACGAAUUCAAAAAAAGUUCAUUCCUUAAUCCUCUGUAUAUAUUGAUAACUUCGACGUAAACACGAACAUCAUUUAAUUUGUUGGUAAAUUGUGCUCAAGAAAAUUUAAAAGAACAAUAGUCAAACAAUAGUUUUUAUAUGUGUCAGGAAUUGUGAGCCAAUUAAAGCUUUCUGU